CGUGUGGACUUGGAUGUAAACACAUGGUCCAGGUGAUAUCUCCAUGGAUCAAAACAAAGCAGAACGUAUAUGUAGCUACGUACUAUUAUUUUUGAUCAGUGCAAUUUAUCAAGAGUAUUCAAAAUAAAUGAUCGAUAUUUUUAAAGUGGGAAAAUUUUAAUUUCAAUGCCUCCUGUAAAGACUCUUUCUGUAAAAGGAACAAUUAGUCAAGGAAGACAUGAUGAAAAACGAGAAUUACUCAAACCUUAUUCAAAAGAAACCUCUACUGGGUCACCAUCAAAGAAAACUAAAUUUUAUGAUGAUUACAUGAGUUUGGAUGAAUUUUUUCAAAAGACUUCUAAUGACAAUGAAUGUGAGACUAUCGAGGAUAAUGAUUAUCCAAGACCUAAUGGAAAUUUAUUGGCAAGUUUAUACACUUUAGGAAAUCUUAUUCAAAAUCAAAAGAAGCUAAUUCAGUGUCAGCAACAGAAGAAUCUUGUGACAACUUCUACUUCAAAGUCAUCCAUUGUUCCAACUGACAAUCAAGCUGCCAUGUUAAAUGAAAUUACACACAGUGAGGAUAGUGGCACCACACAUUCUCAUGCCAGACCAGAAAGUUGCUACAGUUCUGACAUUAAUCCCCAACAAAAUUCAGAGCCUAGCAGCAAAUUAUUACCUGACUUGUCCACUACAACAAAAAACCCAGAAAAUGUGACACAAAGUUUACCCUCUGUGCCGAAUGUUGUGUCAUCAUCGAAAGGACAUAUUAUUCCUGAUUCUUACAAAGACGUUGACUACUGGAAUAAAAGAAAAAGGAACAAUUCAGCAGCUAAAAAAUCACGUGAAGAGCGUAGAAAUAGAGAAUUAAAAGUGUUUUCUGAAGCUAGACAAUUAGAGAAAGAAAACUCGCAACUUACAACCAUAUUAAAGAGAUUAACUGAACGUAACGAACUUCUAGAAUCACGCUUGCAAGAGGUUAGAAAACGUUCUUGGCAAGGUGAAUCAAGUGGAACGUCAACGUCUUCAGAAGAAACUUAAUAUAUUUCAGAAUUUACCAUGUUUUUAUGUAACAAUAACGCAUUUCUUAUAUCCUUAAAAAAUGUGAAAAAGAACAAUAUAUCCAAA